UCUGCUCUUCCUUCUCUCUUCGUUCCACCUCAUCAUCGUUUACCCUCGAUAAACGUUUAACGAGUGGUUUAACUUGGCAAACAUACAACAUCGAUCGCCAGGCUGUUCGAAAGAAGACAAUGGUUGGGUGCGAUUAAAUGAUCGAAACGAUCGCGAAAUUCGUCGUGGAACGUGAAAUCGGUCGAGUUGAAAACAAUUCGAGUAACCGGGACGAGAUUUUAACGAAGCGACAAAAUUAUUUAUCGCGACAACUUCUCUCCAUCCUCUUCACAAAGGAAGAAAAAAACCUAGUGAACAGGCACCUGCGUGAAAACAUCGUGGCGAGUAUGGCGAAGUGGGACAGUUCGGAAUCCGAAUAUUCGGAGCCUGAGGAGUCAAAUGAGUUAGGGGCCAUCGUAAGCCCCGAGAUCUACGCGAUGGACACUGUGGACAGUGCGAGCAAGCGGCAAGCUACUCGUGUCUUCAAAAAAUCCAGCCUUAAUGGAAAGAUCACGGUAUACCUUGGGAAAAGAGAUUUCGUCGAUCACAUAACUCACGUCGAUCCUAUCGACGGGGUCGUGCUGAUCGACCCGGAUUAUGCGAAGGAUCGCAAGGUUUUCGGCCACGUGCUGGCCGCGUUCAAGUACGGGAGGGAGGAUCUCGACGUUCUCGGGCUGACCUUUCGAAAGGAUCUCUACUUGGCGGCCGAGCAAAUCUAUCCUGUGGUGGCUGGCGCCCAACAGAGGAAGCUGACGCGGUUGCAAGAGAAGCUGAUCAAGAAAUUGGGGAGCAACGCGUAUCCUUUCUAUUUCGAGUUACCGCCUCAUUGCCCUGCGUCGGUCACGCUGCAACCGGCGCCAGGCGACACUGGGAAACCGUGCGGCGUCGACUACGAAUUAAAAGCGUUCGUAGGUGAGACGCAGGACGACAAACCGCAGAAACGAAACUCGGUGCGGCUCGCGAUACGGAAGAUCAUGUACGCGCCGUCGAAGCAAGGCGAGCAGCCUUCCGUCGAGGUGAGCAAAGAAUUCGUCAUGUCGCCGAACAAGCUUCACCUGGAGGCGUCGUUGGACAAGGAGCUGUACCAUCACGGCGAGAACAUAGCUGUGAACGUGCACAUAGCGAACAACAGCAACAGGACGGUGAAAAAGAUCAAGGUGUCGGUGAGGCAAUUCGCGGACAUUUGCCUGUUCUCCACGGCGCAGUACAAGUGCACGGUGGCCGAGGCUGAGAGCGAUAUAGGGGUAUCGCCAGGAUUCACACUGAGCAAGGUCUUUUCUCUAAGGCCAACGCUUGCUGACAACAAAGACAAGCGAGGUCUUGCUCUAGACGGCCAACUUAAACACGAGGACACCAAUCUCGCAUCUAGCACAAUGGAGGGGUGCCCGGUGGGGCCAGGUUUCACGCUGAGCAAAGUGUUCUCUCUGAAACCGCUUCUCGCCGACAACAAAGAUAAAUGGGGGCUUGCCCUCGAUGGCCAGAUCAAAGACGAGGACACCAAUCUGGCGUCCAGCACCCUCGUGGUGGAUCCCUCGCAACGCGAGAAUCUCGGGAUAAUCGUCCAGUACAAAGUUAAAGUGAAGCUUUGCCUCGGAGCUUUAGGAGGCGAAUUAGUGGCGGAACUGCCGUUCAUCUUGAUGCAUCCGAAACCGGAAGAAGAGGAACCAGCGCCACCCACGGCGCGGCCCAGCCCGACGCAAAAGACGGAUAGCGAGAUACCGCUUGACACAAAUCUGAUUCAAUUGGACACGGAGGCUGACGGCGACGACGACAUCAUUUUCGAGGACUUUGCCCGUCUCAGGUUGAAGGGUGAGACGGAUGCCUGACUACGUGGAUCCAACUCGAUCGACCUGUUCGACGCAAGCAAACGUAAGAUCUUCCAGAACGGCGCGAGCCAGCUGAUCCUUUAAUUCGACGAUCAUUAUCACGCUUGGGAAAAUGAUUUGAGUAUCGGUGAUAAAAUGGAACGUCGAUUCUUCGCCGCAAGGAUCGAAGAUCUCAUUUUCGUCAUCGUUCGACGAUCGCUGGAACAACUAUCUCCUUUUCUUUCUGGAUGCUGGAUGAAAAAUCGUAUUGGUCAAAUUCAUCUAAUUAUCUAUAUUGUACACGGGACGACACCUAUGGAAUGGUACUAAUCAAUCAGAGAGUAACUAACGUGCAUCUCGUUCGACUCAUCAGGGGAGGAAAUGAAAGAACAUUUUGGAUCGAUCACGAUUAAAAUCACGCGGGGAAAAAAGUAUAACAAUGUUAUACUGUUUACGCUUUGACAACGUUUCGUUUAUGGCUGGAAACGAUUCGAAGAUUGAACGCAUCGUUGAAAAAGAUGUCGGAUAAAACGAUAUAUUUACCAGUAACGGGAUGGAGGAAUAAUACAUCUUUUACUUUGGAGAUGCGAUUUAACCAGCACACGUGUUUUUGUUAUUUUAAUCACAUGGCCAGUAUGCAGAAUUCGUUCUGUCAGUGUGCGUUUUUCGUGCAGAGAGUCCGAAAAAAAUGUUCUUGAGAAAAAGAGACUGGUCGAUUUCGCUGAAGAAAGGAUUAUUAUUCGUUUCGUUUUAUUAAACUAUUAUUGGUUUAAUAAGAAUCCUUUAAGUUGUUGAUAAUAAGUUACACGUUUUCCUCAUUGAAAUAUUAAAUUUGAAAAAGUUUUAUCAUAUCCUUCCUGUAUAAAUAUCUUUUUCGUUUCGUAUUGUGUGAAACUUUUAAUUUUGAGAUUUUGCGUUGAGUAACAGUUUGUGAGAAAUAACGAUAACCAUAAGCUUUUCUUUUCUUACAUCGUGUAUGUCUGUGCAAGAUCGGAAUGUGCAGCCUCUUAUCGUACAAACGAAUUUUUUGCAGUGAAAAAUUACGAUUAAUCGAUCGGACAGUACUAUUUCUUGACAAACGUUAAAAUUAUCUCGCUUCAUCGGAAGAUAUAUAGAUAGUUUUGACCGCAAACAUAAUCAUAAAUCAUCGUAAUUUCGAACAUCUCUCGAAAAUGAAUUCUCGUUUUAGCAUAUUGCUCGAAUCGUGUGACUGCGAAUCUUUUAAGCGUACCACAGUUUAUAAAAGAAUUGCACGAUAAUUGAAAAUUAAACAAUAUUCUAUGUGAGAUAAUGUGUUACGUUGAUCGCUAAAUGUGUCUUUGUAUUCGACGUUCAACACGCGAUCAGAAUGAGAUUCAACGAGAAUGUUUCUUUUCAAAGAAUUAAGUAUCGAAUAGUCGUCGUCGUUUUCGGAUUUCGUUUCCGAAAAGGCAAGAAAAAUUCAACGAAUUCUUAAACGUUACAUAUAUAUAUAUAUACAUAUUAUAUAUAUACAAAAAACAAAGAAUACAUUAUAUAUAGAUAAAUAUAUAUACACACGAAUACACAUAUUGUACACACCGAAUUAUGCAAACUUUGCGUCACACGCUUAACGAUAAAUCGAUCGAUGAUUAAAGGGAAAAAAAAGAAAAAAAAAAAAAAAAAGAAAAGAAAAGAAAAAAUAGAGAUAAAAAAAAUAAGAAAAGAGAAUUAUGUAAAAUUUCAGCAGUUUAGCUUUUACACGUUUAUACCGACAUCGAGAAAGUAUUGGGUUUUUUGCAACACGUUACUAAUCUUACGAUUUUUCUAUUCCUUUUUUAUGUAUCACAUUUUUUACCGAAUGAAACAUUCUAGUGCCAUCUUUGAAUACACAUUUUGGAUUAUAGAAAAUUCGUUUCUUUGCGAACAUAAUUGAAAUCGAUCCAAUUCGUUACUUGCAUCGUUUACCGAAGACUGUUUGCGAAAAUUGAAUCGAUCGUGUAACACUUUGAUGGAAAUAUCGAUUCGAAUUAGUUUUUUUCUACAUCCUUUUACGAAUUACGUUCACGAUGAAAACGGCAAAACGAGUCAUGGAAGAGAGUACAAUUAGUCACAUUAAUAUUUGGAUCUUGUUUUAUCUACGAAAUCUGUUAUUUUAUUAUUAUAUUGCUUAUUGCUUAUCGUAUAGAAAAUAGGCUAGUUAUUCUGUAAAUUUUUUUUAAAUAUUUUAUCUUGCGAUAUUUUUUUUUUUUCUACAAAGUUUGUAAUUCUUGUCUCGUAAUUUUUUCAUCAUCAUCUUUUUAAUACAAGAAUUUCUAGAAGUUGAAGCGUUUGAAUAUUAAUGCGACUAAUUGUACAUCGAAUAAUUCCAAGCGUAAAUUGAGAGAGAGGGAUCAUUCCAGGUGUAUGUGAUUAAACGGUAUGCCUUUAAGAGCGAGGUAUCGAGCAUUUUCUAAAUGGCAGAUCGUGAUCAAUGAUUGACUAUCGUAAUAGAUUAAUCCUUUGGAUUAAAUCUCGCCGAUCUGCGAUUUAGAAAACAUCUUAUAUAUGUGUUGUAUGUUAGCACGAUUUAAAAAAAAAAAAAAAAAAAAAAUUAAUGCGUCCGCUGUCAAUUAAUUAUUAUUUUAAAAUAUCAACAUCGAUGACAAUUUUACGAAGGGCACAGCGAGCGCGUUUAAUUAAAGAGGCAACUUCUGCGUAUCGACGUGCGUAAUUUUUCAAGUUAAUGUUAAUAAAUUCUGUAUCUUGAAGGGAGGAAAUAUCGAUGGUUUAAAAUCGAAGAGAACGAGAUUACGAACGAACAAAUUAUUAUUAUUCACAGACGUCCAUGAGAUGAAAAGAAGAGAGGGGGAGGAAAGGGAGGGAAAUUUUUGUAUAAGACAAUCCUUCAUUAAUAUGCUCAAUGGAGGAUCGACCGCCAUUUUUCCGCUGUAAUAACGAAUAACAAAAGUCAAUUGUACAACAAACGAACGAAGUUGCAAAACCGAACUCGACGAUUCUCUUCGAUUUUAAACGACAAGUUUUCGAUUUUUUGGGCCAGGGCAACGUUGAUCGUGCUGUUGGCCGUUUAAAUCGUUGCACAUGUAUAUAUUACAUAUAUAUUACAUAUACGCAGAAGGAGUUCAGGAGAGGAAUAGUAUUUUUUAUCAAUUUAGCAUUUACAGAGUGUAUUUAGGAGAGAUUAUCGAUUACAUAUAUAUAUAUAUAUAUAUACACCAAAGCAUCUCUCUCACUUCAAUGUUUUCGUAAGCAAGGAAGCUUUCAAGGGAGAAUGGAGGAACAAGACGAACAUAAUUAUUAUUCUAUAGUUAUUAAUCGAGCGAAACAAUUGCAUAAGUUACUGUAAAUGUCGAGUUAAUGUUUAAACUAUUUAGAUAAGUGGAAGAAACGUAAGUUUGAGGUCUUUGCGUUUCUUAAUCGUGAUUAUUUUUUUUUUUUUUUUUUUUUUUUUUUUUUUUUUUU